ACGUAUGUAGCAGCUAAGUUAGUUCAGUUGCGCGUUUUCACUGAGUGGAGGACAACGUGGGCUUGCAUCCAGACUGUAGAAGCCAUGGUGCUGCUACACGUGCUGUUUGAGCAUGCCGCUGGCUACGCGCUAUUCGCCGUCAAGGAAGUGGAGGAGAUUGGCAUGCUACUGCCGCAGGUGGAGGAAAGUGUUCUCAACAUCGGGAAGUUCAACAAUAUUGUGAAGCUGGCAGCUUUUUUCCCGUUCAGGUCUGCUCAGACUGCUCUGGAGAACAUUAAUGCUAUCUCAGAAGGAGUUGUGCAUGCUGACCUCAAGCUGUUCCUGGAGACGAACCUGCCCCCUGGUGGUAAGAAGAAGCAGAUGCUGGGUGUGUCCGAUGCCAAGAUUGGCGCCGCCCUGCAGGAGGAACUGGGGCUCUCCAUCCAGACCACCGGGGUUGUGGCUGAAGUGCUUAGAGGGGUGCGCCUCCACUUCCAUGGCCUGGUGAAAGGGCUCACUGCCCUGGCUGCCUCCAAGGCUCAGCUGGGCCUGGGGCACAGCUACUCCCGCGCCAAAGUCAAGUUCAACGUCAACCGGGCCGACAACAUGAUCAUCCAGGCCAUCGCCCUGCUGGACCAGCUGGACAAGGACAUCAACACCUUCUCCAUGAGAGUGCGAGAGUGGUACGGGUACCACUUCCCCGAGCUGGUGAAGCUUGUGAGCGAUAACUCCACGUACUGCCGGCUGGCACGCCUCAUCGGGAACAGGAAGGAGCUGAGUGAGGAGAGCCUGCCAGGGCUGGAGGAGGUGGUGAUGGACAGCGCCAAGGCCCAGGCCAUCCUGGACGCCUCCCGCAGCUCCAUGGGUAUGGACAUCUCCCCCAUCGACCUGAUCAACAUCGAGAGCUUCUCCGUGCGGGUCAUCUCGCUGGCUGAGUACCGGCUGGAGCUGCAGGAGUACCUGCGGUCCAAGAUGGGCCAGGUGGCCCCCAACCUGGCCUCCCUCAUCGGUGAAGUGGUCGGGGCGCGGCUCAUCUCCCACGCCGGCAGCCUGACCAACCUGGCCAAGUACCCCGCCUCCACCGUGCAGAUCCUGGGAGCGGAGAAGGCCCUGUUCAGAGCGCUGAAGACCAGGGGAAACACACCCAAAUAUGGCCUGAUCUUCCACUCCACUUUCAUCGGUCGUGCGGCUGCUAAGAACAAGGGCCGGAUCUCCCGUUACCUGGCCAACAAGUGCACCAUCGCCUCACGCAUCGACUGCUUCUCCGAGGUGCCCACCUGCGUGUUCGGGGACAAGCUGCGGGACCAGGUGGAGGAGCGUCUGUCCUUCUACGAGACCGGAGAUGCCCCGCGCAAGAACCUGGACGUCAUGAAGGAGGCGGUGAAAGAGGCUGGAGAAGUGGCCUCUGAGAUGAAGAGGAAACUGGAGAAGAAAGAGAAGAAACGAAAGAAGAGGGAAAAGCGGAAGCUGGAGGCGCUGUCUACCGGCGAAGGCGAGGAAGAGGAGGAGGACGAGAAGAUGAAGAGCAGCGGGAAGAACGAAGUGAACGGAGACUCCGCAAAGAAAAAGAAACUGAAGCAGCAGGAGGAGGAGGCGGCCCCUACCAAUGGCACAGAGGACACGCCCACCACCACAAAGAAAAAGAAAAAGAAGCGCGCGGAGGAGGAAGAGGAGGCGCAGCCUGUAGAGGAGGCGCACUCGAACGGUGUGGAGGACACGCCCGUCACCAAGAAGAAGAAGAAACGGAAGAGCGAGGCCAUGGAGGCAGAGCCUGCUGAGGAGGCGGAGCCGGAGGUCUCACCAGAGACUCCACAGACAGAGAAGAAGAAGAAGAAGAAGAAAGUGAAGACUGGGGACGACUAGUGAACUAGUGGACUUCACACCUGUACAGUUUUGUUUGUGUUUUUCCUUAUUUUUGACCAAUGCAUUUGAGUGGGCUCAGAAGCCUUGGGCUUGCUUAAACAUUUUUUCUUUUGGAGGGGGUUGAAUUGGCUGACCGCUGUGCAGUACAGACAUGACAAUCUAAGACAAAAGUACACUAGAUUGGUAGUUUGCUCUGCCUGCCCCCCCCCCCCCCCCUUUUUUUUUUUUUUGUUUCGUUUUGUUUUGUUUAAACUGUAAAAUCAUAUCUGUUGCUCAGUUUACGUUCCAUUAAGCAAUCUCAAAGGACUUUGAAAUUUCCCUGAAUGUAUUGUAUAUAAAGAUUUGAUAUGUGCUACAUGUGCCUUGAAGUUUGUUUAAUGCCGAUGAAUUGUUCACGUCACUUGGGAGAAAGCGGAACGAUUUGCACUGCUUAGUCAGAUUUUACCCAGAGCCCUUAACUUGUUUGGCUCCCGAAACGGUUGCACAUUGGCCACUGGCAUUUAUGAACACUUGACUCGAAACAAGUUUCAACAUGUCUGUCUGCUGCUCCUGUUUGUCUUUUUAUAAUUAAAACUACAAUAUCCAGCUGGGACUACAUUUCCCAGGCUACACCACUGUUCCUGCGUCCUUAGAUUUGUAGCGCAUUCUUAUUUGACUGUCCGUCAUUCGCAUUCUGUAAUCUGGUCUUGAAUGCAAAACCCCCUGUAUUUAUAGUAAUGGAUGCCAAAGGUUGUUACGGGCUCUCUGGAGCAUUGCUCGAAUGUUGGACAGCAUGCCAUGCUGCCAUUUUGAACAUGCUUAAACAUACUGAUCCUGUAAUUAUUAAAAUGCUUUUGAACAAAA